UCGUCUGAGGGUCCAUAUUUCUUGCCCAAAACUAUUCGAUUGAUCAUCACCAUAUUUGGAUCACCACACGACCAUUUCCCACAUUCCUUUUCCGUUAAAUUAAGCAACUUUUACCUUUUCUCUCUCUCUUCAAUCGAACAAUAUUUUCCCCCAAAACACACCCCAAUUCUUCUGUCCUUUAUUCCCCUUCACUGGAUUGCCAUCUUCGGAAGAAAUUCGUAAUGAUUUUUUUAAGUUAGUCAAGGGUUCUUUGGUAUAACCCAUCAUUACUUGCUGGGUUCCUUUUUUGAUCCUGAGAGAUUUUGAGGCAACAUGGGUGAUACUGAUGAUAAAGACGACAAGCACGCUGAAUCGCAUGACACCCCGCCAUCUGGAUCCGUAGUUCAUGAUGAUGCAUCCGAAUCCUCUUGUUAUGCAACUGAUGAAGAAGAUACCCAAAUACAUUUGGGCCCGAAAAUUAGCAUCAAAGAGCAUCUUGAGAAGGACAAGGAUGAUGAGAGCUUGAGGAGGUGGAAGGAGCAGCUGCUUGGAAGUGUUGAUGUCAGUCAAGAAGUUGAAGAACCAGAUGUGAAGAUACUGAGCCUUAGCAUCGUCUCUCCUGGUAGACCUGACAUCGUUCUUGAAAUCCCCGAGUCUGGGAACCCGAAAGGCCUUUGGUUUACCCUAAAAGAAGGUAGCAAAUACAGUUUGAAAUUCUCCAUCAAGGUCAGCAACGAUAUCGUUUGUGGGCUAAAGUACACCAACACUGUCUGGAAAACCGGCAUCAAGGUCGACAGCUCAAAAGAGAUGCUCGGAACCUUCAGCCCUCAAGCCGAGCCUUACACACAUGUAAUGCCUGAAGAGGUUACUCCUUCGGGUAUGUUUGCUAGAGGAAAUUAUUCUGCAAAAACCAAGUUUCUUGAUGAUGACAACAAAUGUUACUUGGAGCUCAACUACACUUUCGACAUCCAGAAAGACUGGGCCAAGUAGAUCGUGAACGUUCUAUGGCCAUAACGGAAAUUGGUAUUUUUCAUGGGUAUUCGUUCUUUAGGGAUUUUUUUCGUUAGUGUGAAUGUUUGCAGUCGCUCGUUUUUCCAUUGUCUUUUGUGGCGAUUGUCGUGCCAAGAAACCGACUAUAUGCUGUUAGAUUAUGCAUAUAAACGGCACCUUUUUUUUUCGUUCCUUUUGAUUUCUGCAAGAUAUGUAGUUGUUUUUCCGAAUCUUGGUUUUGUUUGAUGACGGUAAUCUAAUACAUUUAAGUUUGUCUUUGACAUC